CAAAGAUUUGGGAAGCAAAAGGACUCAUCUCGCCUGGCUGUAAACACUAGUCCUGUAGAGUAUUGGAAUCAACAGAAACUGUAUUGAUCUAUAUUCAGCUGUGUUGGAAGUGGAUCGACGUGAGACCUUUACCAGGCCUGGUCGGACCCCGUUCUACUGCUCUGCCCCUGGGCCAUGGUACAUCAGAGUGUAGAAGCUGCAAUAUGAGCGGAACUCCAACCACCACCCUGGACAGCCAGCUGACCACUACCUGGGGCCCAACUAACUCCUACCCUGAUGUGCCGAUGGUGAUGUCUGGCUACACAAGUCGCCUGUGGCCUCAUGACUCCCAGCCUCAGUUCUGGAGUAAAUACCAGGUGUGGGAGUGGCUGCAGCAAGUCAUGGACAUGCACCAGAUCGAUGCUGCCAACAUUCCCUUCCAAAACUUUGAUAUGGACGGCCAUCAGCUCUGCAGCCUGAGCUACCAGGAUUUCAUUCGUGCUGCUGGCAGCAUGGGACCCAUUCUCUUCCACAGCAUCACAGAGCUCAAGUGGAGCGGUGUGUCUGAAAGUCUGAGGGGACAGUACCAUGUGGAAAUAGGGCAACUGGAGCUCAAACCGGAGUUAGAUUUCUCCUGUCCAUUUCCAGAUGUCAGCUAUCCACCUGGAGAAAUCUAUGAUCCCGCAAUUCACCCCCUCGCACCUGUUGCCUCUCCCACCCCUUCUAGUCCUGACAUAAAAAGAUCUUACAGUCGUCCUCAUCAGGUCAAAAAACACAACCCGAGGGGGACCCACUUGUGGGAGUUCAUCAGGGACAUUUUACUGAACCCAGAGCGAAACCCAGGGCUGAUCAAGUGGGAGGAUCGGACAGAGGGGGUUUUCCGCUUCCUUAAGUCAGAGGCAGUGGCACAGUUGUGGGGCAAGAAGAAGAAUAACAGCAGCAUGACCUACGAGAAACUAAGUCGGGCAAUGAGAUAUUACUACAAAAGGGAAAUCCUGGAACGAGUAGACGGACGCAGACUGGUUUACAAGUUUGGAAGGAACGCAAGAGGAUGGAGGGAGUCAGAGAAGUGACUAUUUCAUUAAUUUAUGUUUUAUUUGAUGUUAUAUGCAAAUGUGAUGUUUUAUUAUAGUUGCAACUGAGUGUUUUUGAUAAAGAUAUGUUUGAACUGUUUACACAUUGUUUAUAAUGGUAUGUUUGCCUCAUUAUUUCUUUCUUUAAAUCCAAUGUUGUGACACUGCACUGAGAUGUUCUUUAUUGUGCCUUAUUAAAAAAAAACAAAAAAAAAACACUUUGCUUCUUAUACCAACAUGCCAGAAGGCAAACUUCACAAAGACACGUUUAAAAAAGAUUUCACUGAAGAAAACGAUAUCAAAACUGACAUAAAACAUGAUGAAUCUUCGUUUUCUUUCAGAUACUUUACACUGUUCAAGUCCCAAAAGAGCACAUGUUGAUGUAGCAUUCAAACACAGUUGGCAAACAGAUGUAUGCUCAGCGUUUUGACAUUGAUUCAGUGAAGUGUCCUUUGGGAAGCAUACUUCAUCACAGCAUUAAAAACAAAAAUAAAUAAUAACAAAAAUAACAUGUCACAAGUACAAUGCACCAAUGACAUACAAGGAUAAAUAAAAAAGAAUAGAUAAAGAAUAAAUAUUUACAGCAAAGUAACAUCAUGG